AUGGCUGAACCAGCGUAUAAAGAGAUCGCUCGCCGGAAGCAGGCACAGCUCGAGUCUGAUAUACCGCAAAGCUGGCGUCUCCCCCCUCAAUGGAUACCAGCCGGCACCCUUUCAGUGGAAGAAUCGAUCACCAACACCCGCGAAUACGAUCAGUCGGAUAUCACUGAUAUCCCGAGACGAUGCGGUCUGCUAACGUCCAGAGAACUUGAGAUUACAGAGUCGUGGGAUGUAAAGGGGACAUUGGCAGAGAUCGCGAGUGGAAGGUUAUCCUCAAAAGAUACCUGUCAGGCAUUUUGUAAACGUGCUGCCAUUGUCCAUCAGCUCACCCGAUGCCUCGCAGAACCGCUAUUCGGUGACGCCAUGAAGCGUGCGGAGAAGCUAGAUGAGCAUCUCAAAACUACGGGCAAGACAUGUGGCCCUCUACAUGGUCUACCAAUAUCAGUCAAGGAUACAUUUGACAUUGAAGGCGUGGACUCUACAACCGGCCUCGCUGCUCUUGCCUUUAAGCCGACCAAACAAAACGCCCCUCUGGUUGAUCUUCUCUACUCCCUCGGAGCAGUCAUCGUGGGGAAGACAAAUGUCCCACAGACUGUGGGAGCAUUAGAUAGCGUUAAAAACCUAUUCGGCCGGACACUGAACCCGUUGAACCGACGACUUACCGCCGGAGGAAGCUCUGGCGGGGAGGCUGUCAUCGUCUUGAUGCGAGGCUGUAUGGUUGGUAUGGGGACCGAUAUUGGUGGCAGCAUCCGUGUCCCAGCCAUGUGUGAGGGUCUCUACGGCUUUAAGCCUAGUGUUGGCCGGGUUCCCUUUGGCGGCCAGGAGUCUUGCUCUGUCCCUGGACGCAGUAGGGCAAGUAUCCAGGCUGUUGCAGGGCCCCUCGCGAGAUCAAUGGAUGACAUCGAUGCCGUAAUGAGGGAGAUAGUCCCCAGAUCGGAGCUCUGGGGCGAGGAUUGUAUUCCGGGACGAUGGGCCCCGGAAACUUCUACAAAGUCACCAAAAUUUACUGUUGGGAUACUGCGUUCUGAUGGCCGAAUUCCUCCGCUACCACCUGUUGCAAAGGUUCUGGAGGAAGUUGCCCAGACUCUUCGCAACACUGAAGAGGUAGAGGUCGUUGAAAUACCCGUUCCGCCUGAGCUUGGAGAAUGCCAGGGCGUGGCCAAUUAUCUGAUGGGCAUUGACGGUGGUGGACAUAUGAUGGACUUGUUAGAAAGCACCUCGGAGGAACUUAUCCCAUGGCUAAAAGAUCGAGCUAGACGCGGAACUCCCAGGUCACUCGUCGAUCUCUCUAAACUCCAAGCAAAGCGCGCGCACAUCGAAAGGCAGCUAAUGAAGAUGUGGACUCUCCCUGGAUCCGACAAGACGAGGCGUGUGGACGCAAUAAUCCAUCCUGUUGCUCCCCACCCCGUUCCGGAAAUCGACAGAUAUAACGCCGUGGGAUAUUGUUCGUCAUUCGUUCUGGUUGACUAUCCUGCCGGUAACUUGCCUGUCCGAAAAUUCACAGAGCAGGACUUGGAACUCGGGAAGGAGAUGGACUCUAAGACCCUAUCCAGCUGGGACAAGAAGAACCGGGAACUGUGGAACUCAAACACAGUUGAUCGAAGAGUAUAUCUCAACUCCCCUCUUUCCAUCCAGGUCCUAACCCCGAGGUUGCACGAUUAUGAUCUAUAUUAUGCCAUGGACACCAUUGACCGUGCGUUAAAGCAUGGAAAACGCGUACCCUCGCAGUUGUGA